AUGUAUCCAGAUGGCUCUUCAUGGGGCCUAUUCUGGGUUCUACCUCUUGCGUGCGCGACUACAACUCUCAUAUCUGCCUUGGUGUUGGUGAUCUACCGGCUCUUUUUCCAUCCCCUCUCGAAAUAUCCCGGACCUUUCCUUGCAAAGGUCACGGGGCUUCACCCUGCAUAUCAUGCAUUGAUUGGCGACCGACACCUCUAUGUCUACAGGCAGCAUCAGAAAUACGGGGAUGUCGUCCGGGUGGCUCCAAAUAUUGUGUCCAUCAACAAAGUGGGAGCACUCAGAGACAUCUACGGAGUCAAUCGAAACGUUCAAAAGGGGUUUGUCUAUGAUGUCGUCACCCACCACGCCGGAUUUCCCAGCACAUUCUCCUCCACGGACCGGGCGAUGCACGCUCGAAAGCGUCGAGCCCUGGCGCCAGGGUUCACCGACGCGGCGCUUCGCGACAUGGAAGACUUUGUCCUCAAUCAUGUCCGCACCUUCAUCCGGAAGAUCGGCCCCUCGGGCAGAGAGUCUGCACGGGUGGUGGAUAUGGGGUUGUGGUGCAACUAUUUGACAUUCGACGUGAUGGCGGACGUUGCCUUUGGAAAGGACUUUGGCAUGCUUGAGCGCGAGGAGCUUCGCGACAUUCCUAACCUGGUGAAUGCAGCAGGCCACCGAUCUUUGAUCAGUGGCUCCAGCCAAUUGAUCUUUCGCUUGGGGUUGGACCAAUAUAUGGCAAGGGAUAUAGUGAAGAACGCCCCCAAGCUCAUCAGGUUCGUCCGGCAGACCUUGACCGAGAGGAUUGCCAGCAAGUCCGAGCGCAAGGACUUUGUCCACUACAUGCUCAAGGCGCAAGAGUCGGGCAAAGGGUACGAGACCAAAGAACUCAUGGCCGAUUGUCGUUCCAUGGUGAUCGCUGGCUCCGAUACUACCGCGACCCAGCUGGCGGCCAAUUUCUACUACCUCACGCGAAAUCCGGAGACCAUGAAGCGGCUCACGACGGAGAUCCGGUCGAGAUUCUCCAAGGUGGAAGAAAUCCAACUGGGAAAGACGUUGGAAGGCUGUGACUAUCUCAAGGCCGUCGUGGAGGAGACCUUGCGAAUGAACCCGAGCUUGCCAGGCUAUCUGCCGCGAAAGGUCCUCCCAGGCGGAAUCGACAUUGACGGCGAGCACUAUCCCCCAGGGGUAGAGGUUGCAGUGACCACCUGGGCUCUUCAGCACGACCCCCGAUACUUUGACCAGCCACACCGGCACAAUCCCAGUCGAUGGAUUGCUGUCGAAAGCGGCGAACACAACGUCAAACGCGCCCUGGACGCGUUCGCUCCCUUUUCAUACGGUUCUCGGAUUUGCAUAGGCCGGAGACUGGCCUAUAUCGAGCUCUGGGUCACUCUUGCCCGGGCCGUGUUCUUGUACGACUUCAAGUACAUCAGUGGAGGAAGGGAGGAGGCCCUUGGGCAGGAAUACGACGAGUACAGAAUGUUGGACAACUUCUCCGCCGCUCGUGACGGACCGCUCAUCGAGGUUAGACGAAGACCGGAUUAUGAUCUUGUCGUCUAG